GAAGCGUCUGUGUGUGUGAGGUGGAAGGCGUGAGAUUUGCUAUAUCGAGUUUUGCUCUGUAGAAAAAGAAACGAAAAAAGCCGGGAACUGGAUGAAAACGGUGAUAAAUGAAUUUGUUGUUCGCUUGGUGGGUGAAAAAGAGUUAGUAUACCUAACGUUUCUCGUCUAAAGUCGAGACAAAAAUGGAAAUGAAUCAAGUUGAAGAGGAUACUAACAACACCGAUGUCGGUGAACAAGUACAAGAGACAGAUGAAGCGAUGCAGAUGGAAGGCCAAGUACACACGACAACCGUAUUAGACGAACAGAGUCUACAACAACUCAUGGAUAGUGGCACUGUUAGUGAAGACAGCAUUAUUGCCAUAGUUCAAAACGAACAUGGAGAACCUCAAACGGUGGUACUGAGUCGGCAAGACGCUGAAGCCUUAGGGAUUCAAUUGGAUCCUCUUGAGCAACCAGUAGAAGAUGAGGAAGCACAGGCUACCACAGCAGAAGCAGAAAUGGAAGAAAUGACUGAACAAAUGGACCAGGAAUCUGAAAUGCAGCCUUCUGAAGACAUGACAGAAUUCAACUCUGAAAAUCCAGAGCCUUCAGAAUUUAACUCUGAAAAUCCAGAACAGCCAGAAUUCAGCGCUGAGCAUCCAGAACAGCCAGAGUUUAACUCUGAACAUCCAGAACAGUCAGAAUUCAACUCUGAACAUCCAGAACAGGCAGAAUUUGACUCUGAACAUCCAGAACAGUCAGAAUUUGAUUCUGAACAUGCAGAGCAAUCAGAGUUCCAACAAGAAUUGCAAGCUGGAAUUCAGUCGGACCUUCAAUCCCAACUUCACGCAGAAUUUCAGUCGGAACUUCAAUCAGAACUGCAUAAUGAACUACAAGAUGAACUCCAGAAUGAACUGCAGCAAGGUCUUCAAGAGCCCACUAGAGAAUCAGAAAUCCCAUCAAAAAUGUCACCAGAAAUUCCACCAGAGCUUCAACCCAAAAGUCAAGAAUCUUGCCCAAAUGUGGAAGGCGAAUCGGAACCACAGAUUAUUGCGGUUCCUGAAGCCAUAACAGUACCUGACGUCCUACCUGCAGAAACGCAAGAACAAGAGGCGGACGAGAAGAAAGUGAAAGAAGAUGAAGAAAUGCAAACCACCACCGUAUCGCUGGAUGCAGUUUCUCAACGGCUAGGUGAAGAUGGUGGUGAAGGGGACAGUUCGGCUAAUGAUGUUCUAUCCAACAUCAUUCAUUCGUUAUUCAAUCCGAAUGAGCCAAACCAAUCGAACGUUUCGAUUGUACCGAGAAUGGUGGGCGGCAAACGCAAAUUAUGCCUUAGACUGCCUGCCAGUACGGCCAGCGCACUUCUCGCACAGACAGGCAGCCCGCUGGCCCAUUCAUUUACCGAGGGUGGCAUCCCCAAGAAAAUAAAGAUCGUCAUCCCGCCACAUUCGUUCUCAAACAGCACCGGAAGCUUUGUCUCUAGCCUUACCAAUUCCGCAUCUGUGAUGCAGCAAGAGACGAGGGUAGUAAAAACGUCUGUGAUGCAGCAGUCAGCCAUGAACAAUUCUGGCGGGAAAACAACAGGUCCAGCACGGCUAGAUCCAGAUACAUUAAUGAGCAGCAGUUCGUUUUCUUUAAUGUCAUCUCCCGUCAAAAGCUCUUCGAAACCCUUUCUGGCCUCCCUGUUCAGUUCGACAUCCACCACAACUCUGAGCGCCUCAUUGACAGUGACACCAGUCGCAAAUCCGCCAAAGAAACCAUUAGGCACGACAGAGAAUCCCAUUCAACUGGUUCAGGAAGGCAAUAGCUUCCGCAGUUUGCAGCCAUUGACUCCCGAUCAGUUGAAACACAUCGCGUCAGUGUUGAAACAAAAUCGGCAGGCAAUCCUGUCGGGAGAUGGCAAGAGUGGAACGAGUUCCUUGGCCAGCAGUGCGGAAGGAGAUGGCGGCAAGCGGAGGGUCGUGUACGAUGCAAAAUCUAAUACGCGGAUCGUAUAUCGAGUGGUGACUCGCGAGCUGAAGAAACUCCCUUCAGCGACGGGUGCCACUAUUACGACCCCAGUCACCCUGUUUCUUUGA